UUUCGUUCACAUUUAGGGUGUGUUCCGUUGCACGCAUUGAGCGCAUAGAUCGCCUUGAAAUCUAUAAUAUAUGUUACGUGAACUAUAGAUUUCCAGGCGAUCUAUGCGCUCAAUGCGUGAAACGGAACGCACAACGCACCCCUAUUAUGUUACAUUUUCUGUAUUUAAUGUGAGAAAGUUUUAAAGAGAAAAACAAGAUUGAAAAAAAAUAUAGAAAAUGUACAUAGUUGAAAAAAGAACACCUGUGUAGCAUCUAGGGCUAAUCAUAAUCAGUUCGACAAUCAAUUCAGUUAUAUUAUUGUGUAUACUAUUUUUAUUACACAUAAAAAAUGUAUAGCAAUAGAACUUGACUAACGUACGAUGGUUGAAAUCAUUAAAUCUUCGUGACAAUCGUUAGUCCACAUGUUAAGCGUGCGAUUUAAUAAUAUAUUUGUGUCAUUAAAUAAAAAGAAAAUUUGGGACUGCGAAUAAAAAGAAAAUGCUUUUGAAUUUUUGUGAUUCUCGCUUACGUCCAGAAAUAAAAUGCAGUACUAUCAGCACGGAAGGAUACGAAGUGACCAAUUUGAUAAGCAAUUCUUGCAAAGGAUUUUUGGCAUAUUCCUGCAUUAAACCGCCAGUUCACAUAGACAUCACAUUUCUUUGUAACAUCAGGAUAAAUCAUAUAUUGAUUUGGCCAUCCGUUGGAUCGCAAAAAUCAUUGGGCUUUCAGCUUUACUGUAAAAGUACAAAUGAUUUCAAUACCCCAUAUACCUUAUUAUCCAAUGGAUUUUUGAGCCCCUGUGAUGCUGGACUAUUGUUUUAUCCAAAUGAUAUCGAUCCUGCAAAAAUCGUCACACCAGCAAAUUUCUUAAAACGUUAUAUUAAAGUCUCGAUGCGACAUUUGACUAUGUAUGCUCAUGUUUUAAGACUAACAAUAUGUAAAACGGAAAAGUCAGUACCAGCAUUAGGAAAGAUUGAAGUUUGGGGAACAGUAUCACCUCGUUGUGGGAAAGAUGUUGUCGCAAGUAUAUAUACUUUAUGGACUAAACAGCAAGCCACAUUGGCAUUACCCAUAACUGAAUGCAAAACUGGCACUACCUCUAUAAAUAUCACUGGCAACAGACAAGAAGAUAAUGCAAAGCUUGAGGUUCCUGAGAGUUUCUUAGAUCCCAUUACAUGGGAGUUAAUGACUCAGCCAAUUACAUUACCUAGUGGCAAAGUAAUAGAUCAGACCACAUUAGAAAAGCAUGGACAGAAUGAAGCAAUCUGGGGAAGACCAUUAUCGGAUCCAUUUACUGCCAUUGUAUUUAACGAGCAUCGUAAACCAAUUAUGGCAACUGCAUUGAAGUCGAGGAUUGAUAAAUUUCUGUUAGAUCAUAGUAAUUUGAAUGAAAUAAAGAGUAUACCAAGAGUCUUAGGUCAUGAUUCAACUUCAGCUAUAGCAGGAGAUAGAAGGAUAACUCAAGUACCAAAGUGUGUGCUAAACAAAAACUUGUUAAAAAGGACUGUCAAAGAUGCUAAAUUAGAUGCAUGCAAGCAAACGAUGGAUGGUUAUUCACAGCAAACAAAGAGAUAUUGCCAUCAACUGCCAGCAGUUGUUGUAUGUUCCAAACAAUCUGCCAAUGCAAGAUCAAAACAAGCGACAAAGAUUUCAAAUUCCUCUAAAUUAGUUCAUAAUAAUUCUCAUAAUCAUAAUAGGGAUGAUAAAUCAGAAAGAUUGGUAGUGGCUAACAUUGACAAUUCCUUAGAUGGCAAUAUAAAAACUCUAUUGUCAAAUAUUAAACGCUUCAGUGAACCAGAAAAAGUGGAGUUACAUAAUAUAUCUAGUGAUUGUAAAUGUUGUAAUAAUAGUAUUCUUUAUAAGCUUCCCUGUAAACAUGUAAUAUGUAGAAAAGUAUUAUUAUCUAUCAAUGUAAAUAGUCGGUGUAAAUCUUGUGGACUUUUUUAUAAAUUGAGCGACAUUGAACGAAUUCAUGACAGUAUUUUAAAUAGAUAGCAGUAAGAUUAUAAAAUAUUAUAAAUAUAUAUUAUAUUACCAGUAAGAAAAUAUUUCAAUUCUUACUGAUAUAACUUGAGCUCCUUCACAUUUAUUAUUUGCCAAAUUUUAUCCAUAUAAGGAGAAUAUGCAAAAUAUAUUAUUGUAACUUCCUGAAUCAUUAGAGAUCAAUGUUACAUCAUUCAUGACAAUUCCAAUAUGACCAAUUCCGAUAAUAAGAUUGCUCGCAUUUUGGCACAUACAAUAUAGUUUACAUUCACAUGUAAAGUCGACAAUUACAUAUGUAAAUAAUGUUUAUAAAAACUUGUUUCUCUAUCUCCAUACAUAUGGUAUAUUAUAACUUAUAAAUAAAUUUAUACAUGUGCUU